AAAAGAUAAAGGAAUUAACCUUUUGAGGUUAGGUAAAUGGCAUUGCGAUUUCCAAAUGAUUAUAGAAGAGUUGAACAAUGGCUUGUUUUUUCAAAAUUUUGGUGGUUGUACGAUGCUUCUCAUCAAACCCCAAUGGCCAUUGUAAGGAGAGUUAAACCAGUAUUAGAAGGAAAGCACAAACCUUUAUACUUUAAAAAUUCCGAUGUAGGAGAUCAUGUAGUCAUUUAUAAUACUAAAUGGCUUGCUUUUAGAGGAGAAGGUUGGAGAGAACGUUAUUAUUAUCAUCACACGGGCUAUCCUAAAGGCAUGAGUUUUACUCCAGCUUGGAUGCUACAUGAAAAAGAUUCAACAGAGAUUGUUAGGAAAGUGAUAUAUGCUUCAAUGUCAAAAAAUAUUCAUAGAAGAUCUAACAUGACAAGAUUACAUUUAUACCCAGAACUUAAAGAUGUGCCAUCAAAAAUUAUGGAAAAUAUAGCAGGUCAACUGAAACAAUAUAUGCCAGUAGCUAAAGGAUUGCAAGAUUAUUCACAAAAUGAAAUAGAAAACUUUCCAAAAAUAUGGGAUAUGCCACCAGAUUACCUUGAAAAAUAAAUUACAUAUUAUAUAUAACCUAAUUUAAAUUUUUUGAAAUAGAGACGAAUAAAUGAAACUAAACCUUAAUUCCAAAGGCUGGGCAGAAACAGAAACAAACAAAUUUUUAAUAUCUAUUAAACAUAAACUAUGAUAAAAAUGAGAAUUUAUAUAUUUUUUGCCGAAAUUAAAAUGA